GGCCCUCUUCCAACAAAUGAGGAAAGUUUGAUUUCAUAGGUUGUCACUGUUGAUUCUGUCUAACCUUUGGACUAACUGGCUCAUCCCAAUAUAUUUGCACUGAUAUAUAAGACCUUCCAGGACACUGGAAAAACUCAUUACUGCUUUUACGGUGAGCGCUCGGUACCUGGAAACAGCCAUGGAGUGGAAAAUACUUUCCAUGUACUUGCUGCUGCUUUCUGUUUUCUUGAUUCAGCAAGUUUCUUCUCAAGAUUUACCAAGCUGUGCAGGGAGAUGUGGGGAAGGGUAUUCUAGAGAUGCCGCCUGCAACUGUGAUUAUAAAUGUCAACACUACAUGGAGUGCUGCCCUGAUUUCAAGAAAGUCUGCACCGUGGAGCUUUCCUGUAAAGGCCGCUGCUUCGAGUCCUUUGCAAGAGGGAGGGAGUGUGACUGUGACUCAGAUUGUAAGAAGUAUGGCAAGUGCUGUCCUGAUUAUGAGGAAUUUUGUGGAAAAGUGCAUAAUCCCACAACACCAUCAUCUUCAAAGACUUCACCUCCACCUCCAGGAGCAUCUCAAACCAUCAAAUCAACAACCAAACGUUCACCCAAAGCACCAAACAAGAAGAUGACUAAGAAAGUGAUAGAAUCAGAGGAAAUAACAGAAGAACAUUCUGUUUCUGAAAAUCAAGAGUCUUCCUCCUCUUCCUCUUCCUCUUCAACUAUUCGGAAAAUCAACUCUUCCAAAAAUUCAGCUGCUAAUAAAGAAUUAAAGAAGAAACCCAAAGUAACAGAUAACAAGAAGGAAAGAACUCCCAAAAAGAAACCUACCCCAGAACCACCAGUUGUAGAUGAAGCUGGAAGUGGACUGGACAAUGGUGACAUCAAGCUCACCCCAACUCCUGACGUUCCUACUACCCAACACAAUAAAGUUACCACAUCUCCCAAGAUUACAACAGGCAAACCAAUAAAUCCUAAACCCAGUCUUCCACCUAAUUCUGAUAUAUCCAAAGAGACACCUUCAACACCUAAUAAGGAGGCAACAGUUGAAACUAAAGAGGCUUUUUUAACAAACAAAGAGACUUCAAGUGGAACAAAAGAGAAGACUUCAACUAAAGAGACAAGAAAUGCAGAAAAAACACCUCCUAAAGAUUUUGUACCCACAUCCAAAGCUCCUGUUAAAUCUACACCCGAAGCUGAAACUACAACCAAAUCCCCUGCUCCCACCACCACCAAGGAGCCCACUCCCACAACCCUCAAGAAGCCUGUUCCUACUACCCCCAAGAAGCCUGCACCUACCACCAAGGGGCCUACACCUACCACUCCCAAGGAGCCUGCGCCCACCACCAAGGAGCCUACACCCACCACCCCCAAGAAGCCUGCUCCCACCACUCCCAAGGAGCCUGCGCCCACCACCAAGGAGCCUGCACCCACCACUCCCAAAGAACCUGCACCCACAGCCCCCAAGGAGCCUAUACCUGCCACCACCAAGGAGUCUGUACCCACCACUCCCAAAGAGCCUGCACCCACCACCCCUAAGAAGCCUGCUCCCACCACUCCUAAGGAGCCUGUACCCACCACCAAAGAGCCUGCACCCACAGCCCCCAAGGAGCCUACACCUGCCACCCCCAAGGAGUCUGUACCCACCAUUCCCAAAGAGCCUGAACCCACCACUCCCAAAAAGCCUGAACCCUCCACCCCUAAGAAGCCUGCUCCCACCACCCCAAAGAAGCCUGCACCCACCACUCCCAAAGAACCUGCACCCACCACCCCCAAGGAGCCUACACCUGCCACCCCCAAGGAGUCUGUACCCGCCACUCCCAAGGAGCCUGCACCCACCACCCCCAAGGAGCCUACACCCACCACUCCCAAGGAGCCUGCUCCUACCACUCCUAAUGAGCCUGCACCCACUACCAUCAAAGAGCCUGCACCCACAGCCCCCAAGGAGCCUACACCUGCCACCCCCAAGGAGUCUGUACCCGCCACUCCCAAGGAGCCUGCACCCACCACCCCCAAGGAGCCUACACCCACCACUCCCAAGGAGCCUGCACCCACCACCCCUAAGAAGCCUGCUCCUACCACUCCUAAGGAGCCUGCACCCACUACCACCAAAGAGCCUGCACCCACAGCCCCCAAGGAGCCUACACCUGCCACCCCCAAGGAGUCUGUACCCGCCACUCCCAAGGAGCCUGCACCCACAGCCCCCAAGGAGCCUACACCUACUCCCAAGGAACCCGAACCCACCACUCCCAAAGAGCCUGCACCCACCACCCCUAAGAAGCCUGCUCCCACCACUCCUAAGGAGCCUGCACCCACUACCACCAAAAAGCCUGCACCCACAGCCCCCAAGGAGCCUGUACCUACGGCCCCCAAAGAGCCUGCACCCACUGCUCCCAAAGAGCCCACCCCCAAAGUCUCCAAGAAGCCUGCUCCAGCUUCUCUUGAGACACCUGCUCCAACCAUCUCAGAGGCCUCUACUACAACUACCACCAUGGAGCCUCCCACUACUCCCAAGAACCUUGCUGAAUCAAUUCCUGAGUUUCCUGCAGAACCCACACCAAAGGCUCUUGAAAACAGUCCCAAGGAACCUGUUGUACCUAUAACCAAGGCUCCUGAAGUGACCAAAGCUGAAAUGACAACAGCUAAAGACAAAACAAUAGGAAAAGACAUACAUAUGACGACACCUGAAAUUACAACCGCUGUACCUAAGAUUACAACCCAAGAGACAGCAACUCCAAGAGAAGAAACCACUGAGUCCAAAACAAGUACAACCACACAAGUAACAUCUAUCACAUCGUCCAAAAGUACUCCCAAAGCAACAACUCUUGCACCCAAAGUAAUGACUACAACAAAAAAGACAACUACAACUGAAGAGACUGUGAAUAAACCCGAAGAAACCACAGCUGUGCCAAAAGAUACAGCCACGAAUCCUGAAGUGUCAACUUCUAAACCCCAAAAGCCAACCAAAGCACCAAAAAGGCCCACUUCUACCAAAAAGCCAAAAAUACCUAAAGUGAGAAAACCAAAGACUACAGCAACUCCCCCAAAGAUGACUACAUCGACAAUGCCGAAAUUACACCCUACCUCUUCAGCGGAAGCCAUGCUCCAAACUACCACCAGCCCCAGCCAAAGACUUAACUCAGAAAAAGUUGAAGUAAAUCCAAAUAAAGAUGCAGAUAUUGCUGGAGAAAAACCUCACAUGAUCCCCAGGCCCCCUGUGUUAACCCCUGUAUUUAUCCUGGGCACUGAUAUCUUGGUGAGAGGAUCCAACCAAGACAUCACCAUCAAUCCCAUGCUUUCAGAUGAGUCUAAUUUAUGCAACGGUAAGCCAGUAGAUGGACUGACUACUUUGCGCAAUGGAACACUGGUUGCAUUUCGAGGUCAUUAUUUCUGGAUGCUGAGUCCAUUCAAUCCACCACCUCCACCUCGUAAAAUUACUGAAGUUUGGGGUAUUCCCUCCCCCAUUGAUACUGUUUUUACUAGAUGCAACUGUGAAGGAAAAACUUUCUUCUUUAAGGAUUCCCAGUACUGGCGUUUCACCAAUGGUGUAAAAGAUCCAGGGUACCCCAAACAAAUUGUAAAAGGAUUUGGAGGACUAAAUGGAAAAAUAGUGGCAGCUCUCUCAAUAGCUAAAUACAAGAACAGACCUGAAUCUGUGUAUUUUUUCAAGAGAGGUGGCAGCAUUCAGCAGUAUAUUUAUAAACAGGAACCCAUCAAAAAGUGCCCUGGAAGAAGGCCUGCUAUCAAUUAUUCAGUGUACAGAGAAACAACACAGGUUAGGAGACGUCGCUCUGAACAUGCCAUAGGACCUUCUCAAACACACACCAUCAGAAUUCACUAUUCACCCAUCAGAGUCUCUCACCAAGACAAAGGUUUCCUCCAUAAUGAAGUUAAAAUGAGUUUACAGUGGAGAGGAUUUCCAAGUGUGGUGACUUCAGCUAUCGCACUGCCCAACAUCAGAAAACCGGACGGAUAUGAUUACUACGCCUUUUCUAGGGAUCAAUACUAUAACAUCGAUGAACCCAGAAGAACAGCAAGACUCAUUACUACUCGUUCUGGGCGGAGCUUAUCCAAUGUCUGGUACAACUGUCCUUGGACCCACGGGCAAAGGAAGAGUCAACUAAUUAAAUGAAGAAUG